UAAUGCAAUACAAUAGACCGGUCAACCAUCAACGCAACGCAGGCAGGCUCGUCUCCCCUGUAUUGUUUCUUCAUUUCCCAGCUUAAAGGAACAACUCUCACAGCAUUGCACCCUAUUUCUUUCCCAUCCCCUGCAUUAUUCUUCUAAUUGCAAUUAAAAAACUUUGUGCGCAAUGGAUAAUGGAAUGGAUAAUGGAGGAGGAGCAGCUAAAGUGUCCUCUGAACAAACACAAGCCGCUUCUUAUACAUACUGGGUGAGGGAUGCCACACCCGACGCGGCGCCGCUCCCUGUACCCAAAAAGCUUACCCAAAAUGAUAUUCUAUCUCAAAAAUCAGAGCCCGCAACUCUCGGCUCUGUUUGGAACCGGGCAGGAACCUGGGAGGAGAAAAGCCUUAACAAGUGGGCAAGUGAAAGAAUAAAGGAGUUGCUUAUAACAGUGGGCACCCUUGAGUUCUCUGGAGGCAAGGCAGAAAUAAAAGAAGUGUCAAACUGUGUAGGCGAUGCAUUCUUGGUGACUGUUCGAAACAAGAAACGUGUUGGCUACAAUUAUGAGGUGACACUGAAAGUCAAAGGAGAGUGGAUUAUUCGGGAGGAGAAAAAGGUGGUGAAGGGCUGUAUAGAGAUCCCUGAGUUCUCAUUUGGUGAGCUGGCCGAUUUGCAGAUGCAAAUAAAGCUUAGUGAAGAAAAAGAUCUUUUGCAGCAAGAUAAGUUGCAGAUCUGCCAGGAUUUGAAGCAGUUUUUGCUGCCUGUUCGUGAAAAGUUGCUUCAGUUUGAGCAGGAACUCAAAGAUAGGUAGGUGGGAGGUGGCAAUGGGGUUAAAUUAUAUGGAAACACUGGUUUUGAUCAAAACUGGGUAAACUGUAACUGUAUUUUAUGAGUUAAUUCUAGCAAGUUUUCAUCCAAUUCUUGUAAGGGAACAUGAGAUAAUCAAGUGACUAUUUUCAUGUAAUCCUUGAAAUUUACUCCCACUGACGAGGAAUUGAUAGAAUUUAAUAUCAAGUUUGCUUUGCUUGUUUCUUACA